AUGUCCAAAAAGCCGAGGGAAGAACGCCCAAUCGCCCAGUCGAAAGAGGCAGGGAAAGAGGAGCCAAAGAAGAGCAUAAAAGAACAGCCCAAAGGUGGAAGCUCCAGGGACACCUCAUCAUCCGCAGCAUCGAGCAGAAAAGCCUGCUCACUGGUGCUGGGCAGUGCCCCGCCGCCACCGCCGCCGCCAGCGGCAACCCAGGCGCCCAGUGCGUCGUCAUCAGUGGACAACGAGAACAGCGCCGUCUACUCGGUGGCCCUCCCUGAAGGCUGGGGCGACCUGAGGGUGCGCUACAAGCAACGUCCGCCACAGCCCGAGGAUGAGAACCACGACCUGCAGCUGCUUUUUCGGGUGAACGAGAACACACGGAAUGAGGAGGAUCAGACGCCCCACAUGCAGAGGAUGUCUCCGCGGGAAAUCGCCAAGACGUCAACGCUGCACUGUCCACCACCAUCGCCACCACCACCACCACAAGCGAAAACUGCCGCCAAGUGGAGUCCGCCCAUCGUCAAGUACGUCACUGCCAAGUGGAACGAGUGGCAGUACCUGAAGGAGGGCCCAAAAACGGUCGAGCUGGAGGUGGCAGAGGUCUCCUCACGUUCCCCAAGUCCUGAAAGUGUGACCAUCGAGGAGGUGCAGCAGCUGCGAAGAGAGUUUGACGCCAUGCUGGCGAGGAUUGCCCCGCCUCGACCAGCAUUAUCUCAGACAGCACCAGCACAAGCACCAACUCAAGCAACAUUAACACCAGCAAGGCCACCACCACCACCACCACCGCCACCGCCAGCCCAACCCAGAAAUGGGAAAGACCAGAAGNAAGUACGUCACUGCCAAGUGGAACGAGUGGCAGUACCUGAAGGAGGGCCCGAAAACGGUCGAGUUGGAGGUGGCAGAGGUCUCCUCACUCCUGAAAGUGUGACCAUCGAGGAGGUGCAGCAGCUGCGAAGAGAGUUUGACGCCAUGCUGGCGAGGAUUGCCCCGCCUCGACCAGCAUUAUCUCAGACAGCACCAGCACAAGCACCAACUCAAGCAACAUUAACACCAGCAAGGCCACCACCACCACCACCACCGCCACCGCCAGCCCAACCCAGAAAUGGGAAAGACCAGAAGACUUCGAGCAAGUCAAACAACAGGGCCGGAACCAAAAGCAAUGCCACCAACAAGAAGACAGAGAAGACGGAGAAGAAACAACCGGCCAAGCGCGAGGGCGCUUUGUGA